AUGAUGGAACCACCCAAAACCCACGACGCCGCCACCCUCGGCCCGAUAGCCAUCCAAUCCGCCGUCAUCGUCUCCGGUGCAAUGGGCUGGCUUCUCACAAUCUCCCUCUGUUUCUGCCUAACGGAUUUCGAGGGCAUCCUCAACACCCCCACGGGCCUUCCAGCCGCCCAGAUCUUCCUCAACGCAGGCGGGAAAACAGGCGGCAUGAUCAUGUGGGGUUUCGCCGUCCUCGUCCAGCUCUUCACGGGGUGCUCGGCCAUGCUUGCCGAUACACGGAUGGCCUAUGCAUUUGCUCGGGACGAAGCGCUCCCGUUUUCUUCAAGCCUCUCAAAGAUAAACCCCCACACCCAGACCCCCGUCAACGCUGUCUGGUUCGUCGUCCUCUUCAGCAUCCUGCUGAACUGCAUCGCCAUCGGCUCCACCCAAACAGCAACAGCCAUCUUCUCUAUAACAGCACCGGCCCUCGACGUCUCGUAUGUCUCCGUGAUCCUCGCGCAUCAGAUCUACAAGCAUCAGGUUAGCUUCAUCGAGGGACCCUUUACGCUGGGGGGAUGGGGCCCCUACAUCAAUUGGAUCUCGAUUAUCUGGGUGGUGUUUAUUAGUUCGGUGUUGUUCUUCCCGCCGAAGGUGCCUAUUACGUUGGAGAAUAUGAAUUAUGCGAUCUUCGUCGGACUCUUCAUUGCUGUUUUUGCGUUGGUGUGGUGGUGGGUUGAUGCUCGAGGGAAAUACACUGGCCCUCGUACGAACGAGUAUCUACAGGAGAUUCCGACGGAGGAUUAUCCAGAAGAUUACGGGACCAUUGAGUAA